AUGCAUGUUGCUAAGAUGAUAUCAUUUUGCGAAUCCGAAUAUGGUAUAUAUCUACAUGGCCUUGACAUGCUGGACACCUUCCAACGGAUCUUCGAAUGUUGGAAUGAACACACAUGGAAGAAAGCCCAUCGGGAAUACAAGAGAGCGUUACGGAACCUCCUUAGAAGGCGCGGCGUUUACACAGGCAACGACAAUAGUCCCCUUGCAGUCCGAUUCGCCUCACUGCAGACUGUUGACAACCUACCGACCUGGCCUGACCGGGAGUACCACGAAAUGGUAUUUGACAAAGCAGGAACAAUGCCCUUAUACCUCAAGGAAGAUACCAUGAUGGAAAUCCACCAAGAGUAUGAGUACAUGGAAAGAUUAAUGGAGGAUGCAAAGAUUGCAGCUAAAGCCGCCGCUAAAGCCGCUAUCGAAGCACAUACUGUUAAUCCCUCGCUUGCUUAUAACCCUGCUACUACCCGCACGACCACGAUCACAGCUCUACCGCCCGCAACCUCGAACCCGCCGCCCGCUAUUCCAAGUCCACCAGUCACCCCAAGUCUCCAGCCCACAACCCCAAGUCCGCUAGUUGCUCCGCCUGCAACUCUGAGCCCGCCCGCCACCCCGAGCAGCUCCCCCAUCAGCCCUCACAGCAAUAGUCCCAGCAGCUACAAAUCAUCAGAAGAAAGCUCCGAGGAUAUUGCUUCGAACCCCACACCCACGAAGCCGCUGCUACAGCAGCUUCCCCAACUUCCUCACCAGCACGCCAUUCCCAAGCUCCCGCUUCCUCAACAGCGCAAACGGCAUCCCCCAAAGCCAGCCAUAUGCCGCCGCUGUAAAUCACACUUCAAGUGUCGAAGCGCACUCUUUCGCCACCUCAACGAAAGAUGUCACCACAUAAAGCGCACACAGACUUCCUCCCAGACUAUUAUGCCACGAGCCAGGCAUACACCCAAGCAGGCCAAUUGCUGGCACUGCAAAUCUCACUUCGACUCCCGAGGCGCACUCUUUCGUCAUCUGGGCAAAGGACAUUGCCACGAGAAGCCUAUUCUGGCCUUCCCCCAAACCACCACCCAGGAGGAGACCCCUACCCAAAAGGAAGAAGAGGCACCGCCAAGAACAACUCGUUACGAUCUUAACGAACAACCUAGGACGCCCACCUGGAUCCAAGAACAAGCCAAAGGAAUGGUUCCCUCAGUCGAAAGCCCUUUCUCCCUCACAGUCAUUACAUACGACCUAUUCAACUAG